CCAUGUAACUGCCCCUUUCUCCUUUCUUUUUCUUUUUCUUCUUCUUCUUCUUCUUCCCCCAUUUCUUCUUUCUUCCUCCUCGCUCUUUCCCUUAUCGUAAUAGCCCUGACUGACAGUACAAACAUUAUUUAUUGACGAAGAGCAAUCCCACCAAAUGGCGGUGCACUUGGCAACGACGCCCAUGUUUCUGGGCACGACAUCAUCCUUCGACAGAGGAAUUCCCUUCCUAGGGUUUCCCCUUGCUUCUACAUCCAGGCCGUACACUCGCGUUGACAAGGUAUCCAGGAUGAUUCUCUGCCAGAAUAAGCAGGCUGCUCUCGUACCGGCAGAGCAGCAAUGGAUGUUUGAUUGCAUCACUGGACCGGAUGUUUUAAAUAAAACAUGGUAUCCCAAAGCUUCAGACCAUGUUAACACAGAUAAGCCUUGGUAUGUCGUGGAUGCAACUGACAAGAUUCUAGGAAGAUUGGCUUCGACUAUAGCCAUUUACAUUCGGGGAAAAUAUUUGGCAACAUACACUCCUAGUGUCGACAUGGGAGCAUUUGUUAUAGUGGUGAAUGCUGAGAAUGUUGCGGUAUCUGGGAAGAAAAGGGUGCAGAAGCUCUACCGAAGGCAUUCAGGACAACCCGGGGGGAUGAAAGUGGAAACAUUUGAUCAGCUUCAGAGAAGAAUUCCUGAACGAAUUAUCGAGCAUGCUGUCCGAGGGAUGCUUCCUAAAGGACGUCUUGGAAGAUCAUUGUUCAACCACCUUAAGGUUUACGCGGGUCCAAACCAUCCCCAUGAAGCCCAGAAACCCGUCGACUUGCCGUUGAGGGAUAAGAGGAUACAAAAUCAGGGAUAUUAAAUAUGACCACCAUAGGUAUGUAUGUAUGUCUAUGUUGUUUCCAUGAACAAAACCUAACCUUUUGAGAGGCUAUUUACGGCUGCAGAUUUUUACUUAUAGAAAAGAAAGAUCUAUACUACCGAGAUCAAAUUGGUAUUUAGCUUAACGAAUAAAAAAAUUAUGUAAUGUAAUCAAGAUUUUAAAGUAAUAAAUAAGGUGGUGUAUGUAUUUUUAGUAAAAUACAAUAUAUAAAACUAUAAUUUAUAUACUAUAUUUGA